UAUAUUCAGAGUUACAGUGUAUUAAUUUAUUAAAUUCGCUUGGCAUACUUAGAGUAGCUUUUAACCGUAACACUUUCUUAUUCAGUGAAUGGCUACAAGAAAAGAGCAAGAAGUUCUCCAUGCUAAUCUUCGAAAAUGGUGCAACCUUCUCGGCUACCGUAUUACGGACACAGAAUUGAAAGUAGUGACGAAAAACAGCCGCAAUGCAGAAUUCUGGAGACUCAUUCAAAAGUUGGUCCUGCCAGGCGAUGAUAUCAAACUAAUUAGGUCUAAGCUGGCAGGGUUUCAGAGGAAACAGGAUUAUAAUAAGACAAAAGAAGACGUUAACCAGUUGCAGCAGAAAAAACAAGACCUCUUAGCUCAGAUUGCUGCGUCAAAAGCUAGAUCAUCACAAACUCACUCGAGCAUGAUUUCACUGAAAACCAAAAUGCAACUCGAUGCAAACUCUAAAACAGAGAAGUUGGAUCAACUCUCGACCAGUACUAUGAAAGAAAUUCUUCAGAAGUCCCUCACAGGUCAUUGCAGUGCUGUUCAAUCAAAAUUUGGGGAAAUUGGCAAUUCUUUGCAAACUGCCACAACGAGAAGAAAUAACUUAUCAGAAGGAAAUCUCUCACCAAUACUGAUGUCGGGAAAUUGUGGGGCAAUCGAAUCUGAGUGUUCCAGGGCAAUCAGCUCUAUUUUGGGCCAGGUUCGAGACUAUUUAGAACUCCAUGUUUCUGAUUCUGACGCAACUGAGGACCACAUCCUGAAAGGUAAAGUUUGGGAAGCUGCCGCCAAAAUUCACACAGAGUUCUCCCCUGAAGAAAUUUUAGCUGCCCUCACAGCAAUAACAACUGAAGAAUCAAACUCGCUUCAAGGUCAUUCAGAGUCAAUGAGCAUUGAGAAAGAUUUGAAAAGUCUGGACUUUGAGCUCGUCGAUGGAAGCUUAGUCAGCAAAAAUGACUAUUCUGAUUCAGAGAAAGACUUAGAAACACAUGCUAUCGCAUUACAAAACAAAGUUAGCAAAGAAUGGAUAGAGAUGUUGAACUGUCGAAAUAAAUCACGAGAAUUAGGAAAAACUCUUGAUAUUCUAAACACAGAAGUUGAAAGAAAAGUUCAAAUGCUGCCUUGGGCAAGGGAGGAGAAGUCUGCUUUGAGUGCCUUAUUAAAGUUCAAAUUGAGAGAAAAAGAGUUGGAAUCCAAAGAACUUUCAAUCAAAAAUGAAAUAAAGAGAUUGCAAGAUGAAAAAGAUCGUUCAACCAAGGAAAAGGUCCAAACUUUAAAGACCCACAGAUCGAUUAUCGACUUCAAAAAGAAUCGAGAAAAGAAACAAGGAGUUAUAAAAUCUUUAGUCAGUCAAACGGGAUCUUUGAAAGUAGCAUUGGACUCUCAAACGGCUGUGAUAAAGCAACUAAUCACAGAGAAGUUACAGCCUAUCGAUGAAAUAUUUUCGCCACGUUUAGAAUCUAUUAAAAACUACCCUCAGGUCCUAAGUUCCACUCUUAUCAACGUGCCUCUUGACCGACUAUAUUUGUCACCAAUACCGUCUGGAUCCUCCCCAGUCUCAGACCUGUCCAUUUAUCAGUUCAGCAGAAGUCCAAAUUAUCAAAAACUUCUUUCAAGCACUUCUUUGCCUCUACAUCUCGAUUCCGAAUCUUUCUUUCAUCAUGUAUCUGAUCUGAUCUCCGUCUCGCACAAAGAAGCCUUAUCAACAUGCAUCCAGAACAAUAUCAACAGACGCCACAAAACUGACGUUCCAGACAGCGCGAAUGUGUUCCAAGCCUUGAGGGAAGCUCUUCAUGACUUUGAUAAUUUCACCUCAGAGAAUAUUCUAGAUCGAAUCAAAAGGUCGGAAGACAAGGUUCAGGGGGCUAUGAAGAAGUGUCCAGCAAUAAAGAGAAUGAUACACAUUCACUCUGACCAGCCCGCCCAGUUCUUGGUACCCUGGGUCACAGUAGGGGACAGGAAUAUCGAGCAGACUCAAGAGAAAUGGCUUGUAAAGUGCUCUAUGUCACCGUGAAAUUAUCUGUUAUUUUCCCUGACUCCAGCAUAAUUUUAUUUCUGACAUAAUACCUAUGGUAUUAGUAUUGUAUGCAAUAUUUUAAGUUUGACUUUGUA